GUGGGCAUCAUCUGCGACGACGUCGUUGCCUGUGGCCCUCUCAUUGACAGUGUUUGUCUCGGGUGCAAAGUCAGCAGUAUGUUCGACGACACGGUCGUGCUAUGCUCACCUCCCGCCUUAUCGUCAAGCUCAUCAUGGGGCUCGUUUGUUGGUGAUAACGGUGAUGAUAAUGCGCCAUUGGACGAGGCUCAACUUCCAUGUACAGUGGUUGACUUGACCACUGUGGCAAAGAGGGCCGAUUUAUUGAUACUCGCUGUGUCAUCCCGUCUAUGUGAACAUGUGUUGGUGGCGUUGGUCGGCAAGAUCGAACAAGCUUCUGAGAAACCUCCAUCAUUAUGCCUGUAUCUCCGACCUGGCCAGUACAUUCCCAUUGAUGAAGAUGGCUUCGUAUCGCUCUCUGACAUGGCUAUGACAACCCUCAGGCCUAGUGGCCUCGUCAAUGCCUCUGUCAUGUUCAACCUUGGUACCAAAAAGCCCCGGUUUGUCAUUGGAUCUCACGACCCCUCACAAGGGGAGCUGUUAGCAGCAUUGGUCGAGUCUGCUGAUGCUGCAGUUGAUGCAUGGGUUAUCGAACAGCCUAAUGCUGUUGAGGCGAUAUUCUCCCUGGGUCCUCUUAUAAGAGCAGCGAUCGGCUCGGACAUGGGCGGCGACUCGGACGAGUCAGCCGUGAUACGCGAAGUACAGGCCUUAUUGGGUCGAUACAUGCGAUACAAUAAGGAGCCCUCAUGCUGUCGGCUCAUACCACAAAUUGUACACUAUUUGGCUGCAGAGCCUAUAGGACAAGGCAUUUAUGACUUAUCAGCGAUUUGUCUAAGUCGGGACUUCCUGAGAUUUGUACGAUGCAGGGAUCUCGCUGAUAAGGUGCCUCGGCUGAGUCGUGUUGCUGCCGAUAUGUUGGAUGAUAACUAUGAAGUAGCCCUUAAGGUUGGUCGUGGUGACCUGAGCCCUCCGGCUCAAGCUCGUUCUGGCGAUCUCAACGAGGCAGUUAGACGCCGAUUUGCUACCCCAGCUAUUUGA